ACAAAAUUGUAAGAGCAAGGACAAAACUGGAAGCGGUGAGAAGUGGAGAAACUACGAAAACGACGUCGUGUCCGAGCACAAACAGCAAAACAUGAAGAAGUGACAAGGCAGCUCCCCAGCUCAAAGUCUAAAGAUCCAUGUUGCAAAAAUCAACAAGUAUUUGAAAUACCCAUCACAGGGUAUGGAGAUAAGGGGAAGGUUGGUACAUUAGGAUGAAGUUCGAUACGUGGCGAUGCGAUUUUUCAGGAUUGGUGGUUAAUAUUGCGUGAAGCUAUUGUUUUUGUGAGAAUUUGUUAGAAUCGUAGAAAUUGAUUUUUGGGAACAGGGCUAGUAUCGAAUUUCAAUACAAGGGUCCUUUGAGUUCAGUUAUAUGUAUGUGGAGCGAUUGUAUGUUUAAGUUUGAGAGUUAGUGGGGAUGAAGAAUUGGUCUGGAGGAGUGUUGAUAGUAGGACUUGGUUUGAUUUUACUUCUUCGGUACAGCUUUGUAGGAAAACAGCCGCAUAAGCAGUCAGCUUAUGAUUUUUUUAAUAGCCAUUUGUCUAAAGAUUCUACUGAGAGUGGAGAUAGUUCUAAUACAGUGAAAACUGAAACUGUCCAAAAUCCUGAGAAAAGGCCCCACUUUGUUGACGUCGAAGGACUUGAUGACCUCUAUGCUUUUAGGAAUAUGUCUGAAGAAGAGUCAAAGGUUUUGCUUGUUUGGUCUCAGAUGCGUAUGCUUCUUUCAAGGUCAGAUGCUUUACCUGAAACAUUUCAAGGCAUUAAAGAGGCUGCUGUGUCAUGGAAAGAGUUAUUGUCAUUGAUUGAGAAAGAUAAAUCCUCCCAGUUGAAUGAUAACAUCCAGAAUGACAAGAAAUGCCCUUACUAUGUUGGCAUGCCGAGUGGUUUGAAUACAUCAACAUCUGGUAGUGGAUACAUUCUUGAAAUUCCUUGUGGUUUAGUUGAGGAUUCGUCGGUCACGUUAAUAGGAAUUCCCAAUAGGGGACAGGGAAACUUUACAAUCGAACUUGUAGCCUCAAAAUUUCCGGAAGAACAAAAUCCUCCAAUAGUUUUGCAUUUUAAUGUAUUUUUACCUGGAGAAAAUUUGACAAAGGAGCCCAUUAUAGUUCAGAAUACAUGGACCAAUGAGACUGGUUGGGGGAAGGAAGAAAGGUGUCCUAAUCAUCAUUCCAUUAACACCACGAACGUUGAUGGACUGGCAAAAUGUAACGAAGAAGUCGCCACAAGUGCUGAAGAAGAAAUUGCUCAUGCUAGUAAUCUUAGUGUCAACCAAUCAUCAAAUGUUUCCAGUGGGAGUGCUCAUGUCAGUGCCAAUUUUCCAUUUUCUGAAGGUAGCCCAUUCACUGCCACCUUGUGGACUGGUGUGGAGGGAUUCCACAUGAGUGUGAAUGGACGGCAUGAAACAUCUUUCGAGUAUAGGGAGAAACUUGAACCAUGGUUGAUUAAUGGAGUUAGACUAUUGGGUGACGUGGAACCUGUGUCUGCCAUUGCUAAAGGUUUGCCUGUUUCUGAAGAUUUGGAUUUGAUUGUAGAUGUUGAGCACCUUAAAGCUCCAGUAACUGCCAAGAAAAGGCUUGUACUGUUAAUUGGGGUAUUCUCUUCUUGCAAUAAUUUUAAUCGGCGUAUGGCAUUAAGGAGAUCCUGGAUGCAGUACGAUGCUGUACGUUCCGGGGAAGUGGCAGUUCGGUUUUUCACUGGCCUUCACAAGAAUAUUCAAGUCAACUUUCAGCUGUGGAAAGAAUCUCAAGCUUAUGGAGAUAUGCAGCUUAUGCCUUUUGUUGAUUACUACAGUCUGAUCAGUUUGAAAACGAUUGCAAUAUGCACUAUGGGGACCAAAAUCCUCCCAGCUAAAUAUAUAAUGAAGACAGACGAUGACGCUUUUGUGAGGAUAGAUGAAGUUCUGUCUAGUCUCAAGCAAAAGGCUUCUGAUGGCCUCUUAUAUGGUCUAAUAUCUUUUGAGUCAAAGCCCCAGAGAGACGCGGAAAACAAAUGGUUUAUUAGUACCGAGGAAUGGCCACAUGAGAGCUACCCGCCAUGGGCUCAUGGUCCAGGUUAUAUAAUAUCCAGAGAUAUUGCGAAAUUUAUUGUGCAAGCGCACCAAAAAAGAGAGCUCAAGCUUUUCAAAUUAGAAGAUGUAUCCAUGGGAAUAUGGAUCGAAAAAUUCAAAGAACGUGGUCACGAAGUGCAGUACAUUAGUGAUGAACGGUUUUAUAAUGCGGGAUGCGAGCCUAAUUACAUCCUCGCGCACUACCAAAAUCCGCGAAUGGUCUUAUGCCUGUGGGAGAAGCUGCAGAAAGAACAUAAGCCCGACUGCUGUGAAUGACUUAAACGGACGUAAUCGACAACAAUGACACCUGAGUUUAAGUUGUAUGCAAAUGUACUUUAACUUAGGCAUUAGAUGUGUACCGUUUUGAUUGUUUGUUGUACAACUCUGUCAUAUGAUUCUGUUAUAGUGACAUUUAUAUUAUCUUUAAAAGUUAUACUAACAUCUAUGAAAGCAGUCUCUUUAGACUUCUUGUCAA